AUGCGUUAUUAUUAUUGGUUCUAUUUAUUUUUUAUUGCAAUUAUUUACACUUAUGAUUGUGAAGAAAUUUGUAAUAUAACAUUAAGUGUUAUGGAAAAUACAUCAAUAGAAAAAUUACAAUGGAAUUUAAAUGAUUUAAUUCAUAAUCGAACAUCAUCAUUUGAAUAUUUACAAUUUUCAUUAUCAAAUCCAUCAAAUUAUUUCGAAAUUGAAUCAACAAAAAUUUUAAAAUUUCGUUUACAAGAAUUAGAUCGUGAGAAAAUUUGUAAGACAAAUUUAUUAAAUGAUGAAUGUUCAUUACAAUUACAAAUAUUUACUCAAACAUCAUUUAUAAUUAUAUUUAAAAUGAUUAUCUUAGAUGAAAAUGAUUGGAAACCUUUAUUUAAUCAAGAUUAUAUUUAUUUAAAUAUACGAGAAAAUCUUCCAAUUAAUUAUCGUGUACAAUUACCUAUCGCUUAUGAUUAUGAUUCAAUUCAAUAUAAUAUUGAUCAUUAUGAAUUUAUAAAUAAUACAGAAGGACUGGAAAAAAUAUUUCAAUUAGAAAAAUCUCUUGGUGAAUUACGAUUAAAAUUAUUAAAAAAAUUAAAUUGUGAAUUGAAAAAUAAUUAUCAAUUAUAUAUUCUUGCAAUUGAUAAAGGUGGUUUGAAAUCAAAUGUUUUACAUGUUAAUAUCACCGUAGGAGAUUUGAAUGAAUAUCAACCACGUUUUAAUCAACGCUUUUAUCAUAAAGGUAUACCGGAAAAUGUUGCAAUAACAAAUUCCUUUUCAUCACCAAUACUGCAAAUAAAUGCAACAGAUGAUGAUUGCUACGAUAAAACAAUUCUUUAUUCAAUUCUGAACAGUGAUAUUCCCAAUGAUAUAUUUCCAUUUGAAAUAGAUAAAUUUACUGGUUUAAUGCGAGUCAAACACCCACUUGAUUAUGAAACAAUUUCAACGUAUCGUUUUCGUGUUAAAGCAUCAAAUCUUCAUGAAAUAACAUCUAGUAUGGUACCGAUUAUCAUAGAUGUUUUAGAUAUAAAUGAUAAUCAACCAUCAAUACAAGUUAAUAUUCUUAAUGAAUAUAAAUCAAAUGAAANGUGGGUGUGUGGGGCGUUAAAUAAAAUGAAUGAUGAAUUAGAUUCAGCAUCAAUAAUUAAUAAUGAAAAACGAACAUCAGCUGCUAAACUUGUUGGACAACUUAUUUCAAAGUAUACGAUACAAAAACAAAAACAAUAUAUUUAA